AUGAGCACGCCUGCCGCCUCUGGAAGCUCUUCGAGCGCGACGUACUACGCCAUGAAGGAAAUGUCUGACGGGUCGUACGCCAGUCUCAAAGACCCUGAAGCCGCUAUCGACGCAGACUGCGAGUCUCUCAAUACCCCUCAGCCCCGACCCUUCCAUUCGAGCGUUCUCAGCUUCGCAAAAUCGUUCGGCCGCCACUUGCUCACGAUCAUACUCUACCUCCUAAUCCACAUACCGCACGGCGUCAUCAUCCUAAUUACCCUCGCUUUCGUCACCUUGCACGUCGGUGCCAUCGUAAUUGCGAAUAAAGAAAUUGACUGGCCAUCGUUCGCCGACACCGACGCCGCCUUUGAAGAAAUCCCCAUCCACGCCGAAUACGACGAUUUCGGCCGAUUCUUGUUCAAGGUCAAUCAUGGGGCGGGGAUCGCGCUUAUAUGGUUGUCGAUUCACGUGCCGGCUGUCUUUGGGAUGGUGUUCUCAGUCAAGAUGGGGAUGAGAGCAUGGGAAGCGCUCGAACCUUAG